GGGAAGAAAACACUGAGUGCAAAGGAAAAUGGGAAGGAGAGGCAGCAGCAUGGCGAGCGUCUUGUCCCGGCGCCUUGGAAAGCGAUCCCUCCUGGGAGCCCGGGUAUUGGGACCCAGUGCCUCGGAGGGGCCCUCGGCUGCCCCACCCUUGGAACCGCUGCUAGAGGGGGCCGCUCCCCAGCCUUUCAUCGGGUCCGAUGACACCCCCUGCCAGGAGCAGCCCAAGGAAGUCCUCAAGGCUCCCAGCACCUCAGGCCUUCAGCAGGUGGCCUUUCAGCCUGGGCAGAAGGUUUAUGUGUGCUACGGGGGUCAAGAGUGCCUGGGACUGGUGGAGCAGCACAGCUGGACAGAGGGGCAGGUGACCGUCUGGCUGCUGGAGCAGAAGCUGCAGGUCUGCUGCAGGGCGGAGGAGGUUUGGCUUGCAGAGCUGCCGUGCCCUUGUCCCCAGGCACCACCCCUGGAGCCCGGACUCCAGGCACUGGCAUACAGGCCCGUCUCCAGGAACAUCGAUGUCCCUAAGAGGAAGUCGGACGCAGUGGAAAUGGAUGAGAUGAUGGCGGCCAUGGUGCUGACGUCCCUGUCCUGCAGCCCUGUUGUGCAGAGUCCUCCCAGGGCUGAGGCCAACUUCUCUGCUUCCCGCACGGCCUGCGACCCGUGGAAGGAGAGCGGUGAUGUCUCGGACAGCGGUAGCAGCACCACCAGCGGUCACUGGAGCGGGAGCAGUGGCGUCUCCACCCCCUCACCCCCCCACCCCCAGGCCAGCCCCAAGUAUUUGGGGGAGGCCUUUGGUUCUCCCCAAACUGAUCAUGGCUUUGAGACGGAUCCUGACCCUUUCCUGUUGGACGAACCAGCUCCACGAAAAAGAAAGAACUCCGUGAAGGUGAUGUACAAGUGCCUGUGGCCAAACUGUGGCAAAGUGCUGCGCUCCAUUGUGGGCAUCAAAAGACACGUCAAAGCCCUCCACCUGGGGGACACGGUGGACUCUGACCAGUUCAAGCGGGAGGAGGAUUUCUACUACACAGAGGUGCAGAUGAAGGAGGAAUCUGCCGCUGCUGCCGCCGCUGCUGCGGGCCCGCCUGUCCCUGGGACUCCCACCGCUGAGCCAGCUCCCACCUCCAGUGUGACAGGCCUGCCCCUGUCCGCUCUUCCACCACCUCUGCACAAAGCCCAGUCCUCCGGCCCAGAACACCCUGGCCCGGAGUCCUCCCUGCCCUCAGGGGCUCUCAGCAAGUCAGCUCCUGGGUCCUUCUGGCACAUUCAGGCUGACCAUGCGUACCAGGCUCUGCCGUCCUUCCAGAUCCCCGUCUCGCCCCACAUCUACACCAGUGUCAGCUGGGCUGCCGCCCCUUCCUCUGCCUGCUCCCUCUCUCCGGUCCGGAGCCGGUCGCUAAGCUUCAGCGAGCCCCAGCCACCAGCACCUGCAAUGAAAUCUCACCUGAUCGUCACUUCUCCACCCCGGGCCCAGAGCGGAGCCAGAAAAGCCCGAGGGGAGGCCAAGAAGUGCCGCAAGGUGUACGGCAUCGAGCACCGGGACCAGUGGUGCACGGCCUGCCGGUGGAAGAAGGCCUGCCAGCGCUUCCUGGACUGAGCUGGCCUGCAGCCUCUGCUCCGCUCCUGCGCUGCCGGCAGCCGCUGACAAGACGCGGAGGGUCACCAGCUCUCGGCAGACGCCGAAAGAGAAAGAACGGCAGCGCGGAGCUUGGGCUCUGUUGGCUAAGGUGUAACACUUAAAGCAAUUAUCUCCCAUUGCAGGAACAUUUUAUUUUUUAAAAAAAGAAACAAAAAUAUUUUUUUCCCUCUAAAAUAGGAGAGAGCCAAAACUGACCAAGGCUAUUCAGCAGUGAAGCAGUGACCAAAGAAUUAACUGCCCUCCAUUUCCCACGGCACCCCCGCUCUGGGGGAUUAGCUCGUGCGUAGCAAAAGAGGGAACAGCUCGUUCUGCUUCCUGCUGAGUCCGUGAAUUCUUUGCUUUCUCAACUCUUCCAGAAAGGACUGUGAGCAAGAUGCAUUUACUUUUCUUAAAAAAAAAAAAAAAAAAAAAAAAAAAAUGAGUUUCUGGCUGAUGGGUGACUCAGAGUGCAGGACUCCCUGGCUGGGGGGCGGAAGAGGGGUUUGCUCUUCUUGGAGGGUACCUCCUGCCCCCUGUCUGAGCACCCUGCACGGAAGUCAAAGGAAAGCCCUUUCUUGGUGACAGCGACUUAAAUCUGGGUUCCUUCAGACAUUGGGUUGCACCCCAACAAAUAUUAAAUGGCUUCUUCUCAAAGCCCAGAGUAAGAGAUUUUUUAAAAGACUGUCGCCAAGUAGCUGAGCCGAAAGGCUGAUCAGAAUUCUCUUUUUGAAAUGUGGCAGUUAAACACUACCUUGAGCAUUCUCUCCUCUUUGGUUGAGGAAGUCCGUGAGGGUUUGAGCAUCUGGAAACUCUCUGCUCUCACCCGAAGAAGCGCCCUCCUGCCGCCGCCUCCCUCCGGUUGUGGAAAGGACACCUCAGAAAUGCUGUGUUUUCUUUUAUGAUGUAUUCAGAAGCCUUUGCUGGUUAAAGUUUCCUUUUAUUUGGGUGGCCGGGAGAGACCCAGGGAGGUCCUGGAGGGUCCUUUCUGUCUCCUGGCCCUGCCAAGGGAUGUCCCCAUUGCUGUUUGCUGCCUGAGGAUGAAGGCGGUCAAGGGAACCUUGUACCUGUGAGCUUCAGAAUGAGGAAAUGACCGGAGCGAGACGUGGGUUUGGAUCAGUGGCUACUGGCAUUUCGGCCCGUGGUGUUUCUGGAGCAUGCAGGGAUUUUUGGGGGACUGGGCUGCGUGCAGGCCGAUGAGUGGAACUGUGCUUGUGGAGGAGGAGGGAGGUCUAGGGAGCUUAGUGCCAGGCCGACCAGCCAUGCGUGGAGACAGAGGGAGCCACGCCCAGACCAAGGGGCAUGUUUCUGUUUUGGUGUCUCGCUUUCCUCCCUGCGUGACUUACUUGGGGAUUCCUCAGGGCUCGCUGGAAUGUGACAGUCCACUGCCCAGCCGCCUUGGGAACAAUUUCUGGCUUUAUGUCCCAGCUGUCAGGGACUCAGGGGAGCCUACCCAGCCACCUCUCCUGGGACAGAGUGUCAGCAUCCACCCCUGGGUUGUCAUCGAGGCCGUCCUCCCGGUCCUGGGUGAAGAUACCUGGAUCACCAAGGCUCCCUUGGCCCCUUCAUGUGGGAAAUAGACGCGUGCUCUGUAAGGCGAGACACUUUGAGUGUUAAGCAAUCUGUAGACCUGGCAAUAGGUCGGGAAGGGUGUAGUGCCCUAGGUUGGUGACAGAAGAGACAGACACUUAAGCACAGGUGUCUUUGGUGACGGGGUAUGUUUUUAUAACUUAGUAAAACAUGUAUGUGGAAUUCUGUCUCUUGGUGAAGCUGAAAGCCAGGCCAGCUGAGGUGGCGCAGGGUUCUCCUUCCUGUCCCUUGAACCUCCUUGAGAAUUAAGAGCUGGCAGUCAGUGAUGGCGUUUCCCAACACCCCUCACUUCCCAGGACGCCCUCCCCCCCUUCCGCUUCCAAUCGUCACGGUGAGGUGGGGGAGCGUUCUUGACACGUGGGUACUUCACUCAGGAGGGCCUCCCCCUCCGCUCUCCGUCAGUGUUCACUGCCAUCUUGUCUUUAGAAAGCUGUUUGAAUUCCUCCCGUCCCCAGUUUGGACCGUGUAGAUAUAACUGGAUAUACAGAUCUUUCUCUUUGUGAGGCCGUUGGUACACAGGGCAGGAGAGAAAGGAGGAGGAAAGGGAGGGAACCAUCUGGAAGCCGCGGUGGUUUUGCUUUGUUCUUGUUCUUUGGUUCUGGUGCUGCCCUCUCCGCCCGUGCUCAAGCCCGCCCUCCUCCUCCUCAGUCGGCAGCCUCCUUGCUUCCCCUCUGCCCGCACUGCCAUCCCGUGGCUGUCGUGCUGGUUCUUCACAUGUGCUCCUCUGUUCUCGGGGUUGCUCCAUUCGUGUCUUCUUGGAGGGUGAGUCUGGCUGGGGAACCGACCCAGUGAUCACGCCUGUUUUCUUCAUCUUGACUCCCUCCUUUCCAGCCUGACCGGGCAGUGGACGCGGAUGUAAGGAGCAUGCCGCGGGUGGGCUUUUAGAAUUCAACGGGACUGACUUUCAAAGCAGUUAUCCUGGCAAACUGUUUAUUCCAGCAGUGUGACUUUCUCCCGAACGUUUCUUGGAAUCGCCUUCAGAGUCUGGGACUGUGUGUUGAGCAGCCGUAAGGAUGCCGGACGCUCCUUUAGUGCCUGGAGAGUCCAGUGAAUGACGUCUGUGGCCAGGCGAGGUCCCAGGUGCAAAGCAAAAGGACCAUUGAAAGUAAGAUAGCUUGGAUCGAAUCAUGUGACUUUUAAACUGGUUCAGAAAGCAAUUUUGCAAUUGCUUCCUGAAAAGCAAUUACAAAAAGAAAAAAAAGUCAAAAA